UUGUUGUAGGUUCCCCUCAGCCUGAGCUGUGCUGCAGCCAUGCUUAGGCUCCGCUUGCUAACAUGGGAUGUGAAGGACACCCUGCUGCGGAUGCGGCAGCCGGUGGGGGAGAGCUACGCAGCCGAGGCCCGGGCUUACGGGGUGCAGGUGCAGCCAGAGGCUCUGGCUCGGUCGUUCCGGGAGGCGUACGGAGAACAGAGCCGGCAGUUCCCCAACUACGGCCGGGGCCAGGGCCUCAGCUCCCGGCAGUGGUGGGUCGACGUCGUGAAGCAGACCUUCAGGCUCUCGGGUGUGCACGAAGACAAAGUGCUGACGCUGAUGGCAGAAAAGCUCUACCAGGACUUCUGCAGCGCCGGCAACUGGGAGCUGCUGCCGGGCGCCAGCGAGACCCUGAGGCAGUGCCGCCAGCGAGGCUUCCGCAUGGGGGUCGUCUCCAACUUCGACCAGAGGCUGGAAACCAUCCUCUGCCAGUGCAACCUGCGGCACCACUUCGACUUUGUCCUCACCUCCGAGGGCACAGGCUUUGCCAAGCCGGAUGGGAGGAUCUUCCAGCAGGCUCUGGGCCUCGGCGGGGUGCCCCCGGGGCAGGCGGCUCAUGUCGGGGACGACUAUAGCCGGGAUUACCGAGCAGCCAGGGCCGUGGGCAUGCACAGCUUCCUGCUCUGCACUGCCCAGCAGGGUGUGCAGCCGGACGUGCUUCCCGAGCACGUCCUGCCCACACUCAGCCACCUCCUGGCUCUCAUUGAGAAGGGGUAACUGCGUGCUAGAGGAGGACCAGCACUGCUGCUGAGCCCUGCACUGCUCCUGGGGGAAAUUUCUCACUGCUGGUUGGGCCGGGAAAGGCAACUGGUGCUUGUGGAACUGUGCUGCCAGUGUAGCAGGAAGGUAGUGAUGAAAUAAAAUGCAUCUGGCACUCAGCAUCACUGCUGAUGUCCUUCAGAACUCUAAGAACACCAUGGAAG